CCCCGCGGCGCCACAGUCGCUCCGCCUGGGCCAGUGUUCGAUCGACUGGGCUGCGUCGCGGUGGUAGUCGCGGUGGAGGCGGAGGCUUCGACUUGGUCUUCUCGUACGUGCCGUUGUGUUUCGUCCCGUUUGUUUGGGCGUGCAGCUGUGCAGCUGGGCCGCCAGCUGCAGCGCGAGUGCAGUGCCAGGUGCGCCAGAGUGCGUGUGGUAGGCGUCGGCCCCAGCUGCGGUGCGAGUGCAGGCGACAGUGCAGUGUUGUUUACAUGUCGGCGACGUGCAGCGCCAGCGCGAGCCCCCGCAGCCCCGUGCCCCUAGGAGCCAGGAGAUGAAGAGCGAGACCAGGCCCGGGGCUAGGGCCCCCCGCAUCUUCCUCUGCUGCACACAGAGCUCCCCGUGAGCGAGGCCAGGUCCAGGCCCUGCCCAGGCCAGCCUCAGCGUUCAGCAGCUACUCAGCAGCUUACCAGCACAACAUCCACGGUGGAUAAGGCAGCCAGCCACAGCGCCAUGGUCAUACGGUCAGAUGGCGCUGAGUCGCCUGUACUGGAAGACAAGGAGUCGCCGAUUUUACCUGAUAAGCCUUCUAGGGUAAAAUAUGGCGAGCUUGUCAUCUUAGGAUACAAUGGGUUCCUGCCACCCGGUGACCGUGGACGCAAGCGAUCGAAGUAUGUUCUGUGGAAGCGGCCUGACCCUAAUGGGGUCAAGAGGUCAAAACACUAUGUUGUCAAGACACCCCACAAUUCACAGGCUAUUCUCGACAGUCAGCAACACAGUAUAUCAUAUACCCUAUCAAGAAAUCAAGCAAUUAUUGUGGAAUACAUGCCUGAUGAAGAUACAGACAUGUUUCAGAUUGGUCGAUCCUCUGAAAACCCUAUAGACUUUGUGGUAGUUGACACAGUUGCUGGAGAGAAAAAUGGUGACAGUGGAAAAGUGGUGCAGAGUACCAUAUCUCGGUUUGCAUGCAGAAUACUUGCUGAGAGGGCCAAUCCAAGUGUUGCACGCAUAUAUGCCGCUGGUUUUGACUCCAGUAGAAAUAUAUUUCUAGGUGAAAAAGCAACUAAGUGGCAAGAAGGCCGGGACAUUGAUGGCCUGACCACCAAUGGGAUUCUUUUGAUGCACCCUCAAGGUUCAUUCUGUGGGGGUGACUCAGAGCCUGGUGUUUGGAGGGAAGUUUCUGUAUGUGGCGGCAUUUAUUCCCUUAGAGAAAGUCGAUCAGCUCAGAAGAAAGGUCGCGCAGAUUGUGUUUCACAGGUUGAGGAAGUGACCAACGUUCUUCAGGAUGGCACCCUUAUUGAUCUCUGUGGAGCCACUUUGCUCUGGAGGUCAGCGGAAGGCUUAGAAAAAAGUCCGACCAAAGACUACCUGGAAAAUCUGGUAGAUAAACUGAAUGCUGGUCGGCCAGUUUGUCCAGUCGGACUAAACACCCUAGUCAUUCCUAGGAAGUCUUCAUAUACUGGACCUGAUGGUGGUGCUGAUAAGCAACAACCAUAUGUUUAUCUGAAUUGUGGGCAUGUUCAAGGUAGCCAUGAUUGGGGACAUGAGAAAAACUCUCAUACAAGAACAUGUCCACUGUGUACAAAGGUUGGGCCUGUGCAGAAACUUUGUAUGGGUAUAGAGCCAGCAUUUUAUGUAGAUGCUGGGCCUCCUAUAUUUUUUGCAUUCAAUCCUUGUGGUCAUAUGGCAACUGAAAAAACUGUGAAAUACUGGGCAAGUGUAAUGAUUCCUCAUGGCACCAAUGCAUUUGAAUCGUUUUGUCCUUUCUGUGCUACACCUCUGGAAGGGUUCCCAGGAUACGUUCGAUUAAUAUUCCAGGAUAAUGUUGAUUAGUAGUCUCCUGUGUUUUUAUUUUAUACCGGUGGUAUCAGAUUUUACUGAUACUGUGUUCAUUUUGCUCUGAACCGGGUGCCCAAAUUUAAAAUUGU